AUUUAAGGGAAAGAAAACAUUUUUUUACGCAAUUCAGACAAGCUACUCGAAUAGUCAUGAACGCUGCAGAGCAGAUAGAAGAGCAACGGACGGAUCAGUUAACGGACCGCCUAAAAAUGGAUCUACUGAACGUGGACUUUAGCCAAAUAAACAGAACCAGUGCAAAAAUUCAUCCAGAAUGGGAAUCACUGUUGCGAUUGACACAAGUAAGAGUCACGGAAGAACUGGGACCAGAAUUUAAGUUGAGCAAGGACAUAUCGCAAUUCUCUUUGUACAUGUUUCCGUCGCUGAGCUUCGACUUUGUCAGCAGCAUUUUUCUAUACAAUAUGGCUGGCUUUUUGUUAGACGAUUGGCUGGACAAAUUUCCUUCUGAUAAUGAAAAAUGGAUUCAGCAAUUGAGAAACAAAAACUUUCCGGGUGAUGGCAAAAUCGACAAAUGGUGGCAGAUGGCAAUAAAAGUUUGCAGAGAAGUAAUGGGUGAAAUUGCACUAACGCAACUUUUGGAUCUUUUCAUAUGUGCCAUAAGCAAAGCUGAUAAAGUUAACACAAUUUUUAUUGGGCAAGCUUCGUUGUCUGAUAAGGAUUUCGUGGAAUUAAGAUGCGUUGAUGCAGGAGCAUUCCACCAGUUUUAUCUGAUAUUGGCAGGAGUCGGAAAGCAGCUCACUGCUGAAUUGGUACAGGAUCCGAAUUAUCUGGGAUUGAAUAAGCAGGUAGCAAUUCAUGCGGCGAAUAUCAACGAUUUGUAUUCACUUCGAAAGGAGGUUCGUGACGAUCUUUACCGAUAUAAUUACGUGUAUGUGAAAAUGAUGAACAACAACCUCUCUGCACAAGCGGCAGUGGAUGUCAUAAUGCAAGAAAUACGCGACGCCGAGAAAAUGGCUCGAGUGUACGGCGAUAGAAUAAAAGAAAUGAAUGAUCCGCAGUUGUCGUUGUAUGUGGAUGGAAUGUACGAUGUAAUGGCUGGAAAUCAUUACUGGUCCACAUUUUGUAAACGUUACAAUGACGUGUAAGUCCAGAAAAUAACUGAAAAAUCCUUAAAAUCCUGGAUUUUAGAGAAAUGAAAAGAUGGAAGCGAUAAGAAAGGGAUUUUUUUGCCUCUAUUUCUUUUUGACCUCAGGAAUGCAGUUUAUGUAAGAGAUCCCUGAAAUAUCAUCGAAAAGUGAGCCCUAGCUGUAAACAGAAUAAAAAUAGUACAUUUUUUUACGAGUGACGAAAAGUUGAAUUUUUCGGCUCCGCCUCGUUAGGACAAGCUUACGACGCGUACCGAAAAAUUCAACUUUCAUCACGAGACACAAACGAUGAUGUUUGUGCUUGAAAACUGAAAUGAGACGAAACCACAACUCCAUUAACAUAGAAAUAACUCUACAGCCAUUUCAACAACACAGCAUACUUGAUCGCGGCCGGAAAAAUAUAUGUGAAAAUCCAUUUUCGUCCGGAGAGAGCAUCCGAGAAAGUAUUUUCUUGGCCGCAAAUACCUCUGUCUGAGAAGUACAGAAAAAUUGAACUUUCGAUCGUAGAAUGCUUGUCGAAAUCCGUCGAAUUUCAGUCUUCUUCAAGCACAAAAAAUCAUUUUUCGAUGGUAUUUCAAUUUUUUUUGAGUAAGCAUUUCUGAAAUCAAAUGACAAAGGACGACCACCGGUUACAGAACUUCGAUUCUCUUCUAGAACGUGACGAUGGUAAGGGCUUUUUCAUGUUUUUUUAGUUGUCUUCUGGACUUUUGGGAUUAUAUAUAUGGCUGCAGGUCAGUUUCUUAAAUUUUACUUCAUGACAUCUCGUUCCAGCACUAGAUCUUUCGAUUUAUAUAAUUGUGACCUAUAGACGGUAAACUUAUAAAUUGUAUUUUAUAAGUGGCGCGACUCACAACUUAUGACUUACAGCCACCUGACUUAUAACUAACACUAACUUAUAACACCAGGUAUUAGACAGUUUGUGCAGAUGACGUAUAAUUUAUAAGUCAACUUAUAUUUAAGUUGGAAAUUAUAAGUAACCUUCCAGAGCUUCUUGUAUGAAGAUGUGACUUAUAAUUUCCAACUUAAAAGUUGAUUUUUGUUAAUUAUAAGUCAGUCGUGUUCGUUAACUUAUUCAUACUUUGUUGGUGAGCGAAAUUAUUGUCGUUGUCUGGGCCGUAAUUUUUCUCCACUUUUUUUGGUUUGAAGCGUUCCAUUCUGUGGAAAAACUGCAUUUUUUCUGGUAACAUUUUUUUUGAAGAUUUAGAAUUAAAUUAAAAUAAUUUUUCUACAAAUUAAUCUACAUUGAUUGUAUUGUGAAAUAAUAAAAGUGUAAACAACGA